AUGAGUUCACGGAAUCAAAGGGAAGCGCCCUUGGAAACAAUGGCUAUCCGGGUCCAGACUGAGUCGGUAGAGACUGCGGCUCAGUCAUCAACGCCACAAGAGGAAGUGCAACAACGAAAGAAAUACAAUAUGCCAGCGGGAUUUUGUCAAUAUGUAGCGGAGAUGCAGAGAAAUAAAAGAGCUUUAAACAAAUUAAAAGUGACGACCAUGGACAACGGGUAUCGAUACGAAAUGCAAGGCGACAAAAAGGGAAGCGAAGAAGAAACACUCCGACUUUUGCGUCAUAAUUACAAUCUGCUACCUGCCAAAAGAAAGUUGGAGCUGGAAUUGAAAUACCGCAGUCAAAAAAGUUCAUCAAAACGACUAUGUAUGGAGGCGACAGAAGGCAGACUGGCUCCGGUUGAUGUGGAAGAAAUUGGAAAGUACGCGCGCAGAAGCAAUCCAUCAGAGCUUGUAUUUGCAAGCCAUACUGAGCACAAAAUGUUGAUGACUAAACUGAAUCUGUACGAUGGAAGCUGUCCACUCUGUGACUUUUUCGGCUCGGAGUUUAACGAAGGGAAGGAAUUGCCAAAAUUGACGCUUGUACAUUUGCUAGCACAUCCACAUGCCGUGUUGUAUGCAUGUCACUUUUGUCUACAUGCUUUCACUACAUCACACUUGCUGAAUGUUCACGAAUGCAAGGAAUUUCGAGACUGGAAAAACGCACAAAAGUCACUUCAACCGCCUGAGAUGGUGGAAGCUCGAGUAUUCGUGGGUUGUACCGAUUGCGGAAAGUACCUUCGUUGUCGAUCGAGUGAAAUCGAAAGUCUUCAAAAAUUUGUCGAAGAACAUUUGGUGAAUCGAAUCGUUACAAUUGUAGUCAACUUCGCUGGACACACGCCAAACAAGAAUCCAGAAGUUAUGUUCAAGACUGUGCCAUCGUUUGCAAGGCAACUCAGUAGUUCCUGUUUGCAAUGUGGGACCGAGCCAUUCACUUCUCCAGAAGAAGCUGUAGCUCAUUUUUCGGAUAUCAACAAACAUCCUGACACUCAGCAAAAAGAAUGUCAUAAAUGCAAAAGACCAUUACCAUUUGGCAUCAAUAAAAGUGAGCAUCUCUUGAAAUGUUACCAAAUUUGCGAUGAGCGCACGAAAAACUCGAUUUUGUUGGCAGAUUGGCUUUCAACAACCGCGCCGCUUUUGUGGGAUGGAGCGGUGCAAUGCGAAAUGAACGGAUCUCGUAUGCCUCAAAAUCUUGAAAAAGUGUCUCAAGAAUAUGCGGACCGUGAGCAGUCGCUAACUAUUGAACGAAUGCAAGCAAGAGAGAGGAGGGAACAAGAGGAACUAUUUCGAUUUCGAACUCAGCUGGGGAUACCCGAAGAGACUCCUAGACACGGUGUAUGGACGCAAAACUACGAGCGGUCGGUUGACCUGAGCGUUUACGGAAUUGGUGGCAAUGUGGCCGAUAAAGAUUUCAAAACUAUCCGGCUCCUCUGUGGAGUGGAGCGCGCAGCAACGAUGCUUAAAGAGCAUAUCGCACGAUUUCAGGAGGACGUCAUUUUAAAUAGCAGCUUCCACAAUAAAGUGUCUGCUGAGGAGAGGCUCGGAAAAUUGUAUCUAUGCUUGGCUUGCUACUGCUUUGUGCACGGAGAAAUGGCUUUGGCAAAUCAUCUGACAACUUGCCAACCCAAUGAAGAUCCGCGUGAUUCUGUAAAAGUUUUCACAGUACAUAUGCAUGAAAUCCAAAACGCGAGACAGGCGUAUCAUUGCUUUCAAUGCAGCUUCUACGGAUGCUCUUUGCUUUCACUUCGAGUUCAUCUUGCCACGAGGCAUCAAAUCGGAACGAAUGUUUUGCUUGAAAAAGGAGAAAGCUCAAAGGUUCGACUGACGCUUGGCAUGCAAUUCGAUCAGACGCUUGGACUCGUUAAUGGAAAAUUGCCUCGUCGAUCUCGUCAAUCACCGUAUGGAACCUCUAAUCCUACUAUGGCUUUCCAACUCGAGACGCUUUUACUCUCUGAAUCGUUAGAUGAAACAAUGGGAAAUUUAAAGGAAAAGAUAAACUCUACAUCAGCAGCAAGAUCCGAAGAACCCAUGCAAACAACGCCUAUGGAUACAUCUAUGAUCGAAGAGAUAAAUGUAGCAACCGAAAUCCAGGAGAACUUGCCGGAAGAAUUGGAACCACAAGAAGUCAUUCCAGCAACACGGUCAAAUCCAGAUAAUGAGCAAACAAGAAUUGCUGCAAACAACGAAGAAACGCUGACGGAGUCAUAUUUGGAUAUUGUUAUAGCCAAACCGAAGAACGUUACAACUGAUGAUAUCCAGAGCACAUCGUUACGCACUGAAUCUGGCGGAACUUUAGCCAAAAAUCAAACGGAAUCGCGACAAAUAGAGGACGAAUUGAUUAUAGAUCUUACCGAGGAAGAACAAAGUGUUCUGAAACGAAGAGUGUCAAUUGCUGUCAAUUUGACGUCGAUAUUGCAAGAACCGAUUCGAGAAGAAACAAAUUAUGUGGGGGCCAAAGAUAAUUCUUCAAGUGCUAAGGACGCGGAUGAUGACGAUAUAAUACUUGUGGAUGUUCCUCGAUUAAAAGAAACCAUUUCAAAGCAAAUACAAGUAGUGCGCGCACCGAGCGACGACGCUGAUUGUAUGAUUGAAGAAGUCGACACGAACGCUGUUGGACGCCCCAAAAGUUCUUCACUGCAAACGGACGUGAUGAUCAUAUUACAGUUAAACAUCGAUUGGAUGGCGGUAGCACCACCACAGUUGACGUUGAAUAUGGCAUGCCGC